AUGUAUGAGUGCGAAACGACUACGCGCCGCGGCGCCGCGCCCGUCUCUUAUUUCGUCGUGAAAAGAAUCCUUCUUCUUCGCGAUCUCCACGCGCCGCACACACCACGCACACGCCGCCGCAGAGUCACCGACGCGCGCCGAUCCGCGCCGCGCGCACGUCAUCAUGAGGGACGUCAGGAUCCCCCGCGCUCGCGGCGGCGCGUCGAACGACGUCGCGUUCGACCUCGGCGACAGCCUCAAGGAGGGCCUCGGCGGGCUCAAGGACGCGGUGCGGGAUCUGGGGGAGGGACUCAAGGAAGCGAUCGAGGAAGCCGCGCGCGAGCAGCGGCGAAAGAUCGACGCCGAGGGCGAGAUGACGCCGUACGCCAAGGUCGGGUGGACGAUCGUCCUUGCCGCGUUGGCGUGGUACUGGUUGUCGUCGUGGUUCGGCGGCGGCGGCGGCGCGCGGAGCCGCGACGGCGAGCGCGGCGCGAGGAGCGCGGUGGACGAUUCCGCGCGCGAGCGGCAGCUCGAGGAGAUGCGGCGACGGCAGGCGGAGAGAGCCGCGGCGGCGGCGGUGGAGGCGCGCGAGCGCGCGGCCGACGCGGCCGACGCGGCCGCCGCGGCCCCGGCCGCCGCGACCGCGUCGCGGAGCGCGUCCACGGCGGCGAUUUCGCGCGAGCGCGAGGUCGCGGCGUCGCGGGCGGCGGCGGAUGCGAAGACGGCGGCGGAGGAGGAGGAGAAGCGCGCGCGGGCGAGCGCGGAGGAGGACGCGGUGGGCGCGGCGAGGGAGCGCGCGCGGAGAGCGUUCUUGGAACGUCAGCAGGCGCUGCUCAGCGCGGCGAGCAGGAGGGCGCGGGACGAGACGCGCGAUGCGACGGCGGCGGACUGACGUCGAGUUCGAGUUUCGGAUCGUCGUCGUCGGACGCGUCGCCUCGGAGCGUGCCGUGCCGUUCGUCUACUGUACGCAGUCUGCGACGCGUCGCUCAGCGACCUACUAGGGCCUAAUACACGUACCCCCCCAGCUCGGCGUCGAACGCCAUCGGGUUCCUGAUGAGCAGCGACGCGACCACCUCCGGCUUCUUCCUCUCCGGGAACUUAGGGUCGUUCCAUACGAGCGAAUGUCGGGGUGCGGUUGAAAGGCGUCAGUUGGAGUUGAAAGGCGUCGAUGGGGGGGAUUGAAAGCUAGGGGUGGGCGGAGAGAGACGACGGCAAAAGUCCUUAAGGAUCGGCGUCCACCUCGCGAACGGGGUCGUAUGGGGACUAGUGUAUAGAACGCACCUUAGCCGUCAAGAGCA